CCCAGCAGCUGCGGUUUUGCAAGAGCCGGGAAGAAACUUAAGGAUGCUUAAAUUUCCACUGUGGAACGAAUUCUGAGCCCCUGGGGAGCAGCGCAGCGCGCGACCGACACCCACCUGUCUGGCGCGGGAGCCUCGCAGGCUGGAGGGCGGCUGGAGAGCCGCGGAGCCCGGCGGCGAGGCGGACGCUGUCGGCCGGGACCCGAGCAGCACCCACCAACCGCUCCGCCCCGGGACCGCCAGCAUGAGCAAGCCGGCCGGAUCAACAAGCCGCAUUUUAGACAUCCCCUGUAAAGUGUGUGGCGACCGCAGCUCGGGGAAACACUACGGGGUCUACGCCUGCGACGGCUGCUCGGGGUUUUUCAAGCGGAGUAUCCGACGGAACAGGACGUACGUCUGCAAAUCUGGAAACCAGGGAGGCUGCCCCGUGGACAAGACGCACAGAAACCAGUGCAGGGCGUGUCGGCUCAAGAAGUGUUUGGAAGUCAACAUGAACAAAGAUGCCGUGCAGCACGAACGGGGGCCUCGGACGUCCACCAUCCGCAAGCAGGUGGCCCUGUACUUCCGCGGGCACAAGGAGGAGAGCGGGGCGGCCGCGCACUUCCCCUCGGCGGCCCUGCCCGCGCCCGCCUUCUUCACCGCCGUCACGCAGCUGGAGCCGCACGGCCUGGAGCUGGCCGCCGUGUCUGCCACCCCCGAGCGGCAGACCCUCGUGAGCCUGGCGCAGCCCACGCCCAAGUACCCCCAUGAAGUGAAUGGGACCCCAAUGUAUCUCUAUGAAGUGGCCACAGAGUCAGUGUGUGAAUCAGCUGCCAGGCUUCUGUUCAUGAGCAUCAAGUGGGCUAAGAGUGUACCAGCUUUCUCCACCCUGUCUUUGCAAGACCAGCUGAUGCUUUUGGAAGAUGCUUGGAGAGAACUGUUUGUUCUAGGAAUAGCACAAUGGGCCAUUCCGGUUGAUGCUAACACUCUACUGGCUGUAUCUGGCAUGAAUGGUGACAACACAGAUUCCCAGAAGCUGAACAAGAUCAUAUCUGAAAUACAGGCUUUGCAAGAGGUGGUGGCUCGGUUUAGACAGCUCCGGCUGGAUGCCACUGAGUUUGCCUGUCUAAAAUGCAUCGUCACUUUCAAAGCUGUUCCUACACACAGCGGUUCUGAGCUGAGAAGUUUCCGGAACGCUGCUGCCAUUGCCGCUCUUCAAGACGAGGCGCAGCUGACUCUCAACAGCUACAUCCAUACCAGAUACCCCACUCAGCCCUGUCGCUUCGGAAAGCUCCUGUUGCUCCUGCCAGCUUUACGUUCUAUCAGCCCGUCAACCAUAGAAGAAGUGUUUUUCAAAAAAACCAUCGGCAAUGUGCCAAUCACAAGGCUGCUUUCGGAUAUGUACAAAUCCAGUGAUAUCUAAGUUCUCCGCGUCCCCACUGGUCAGCAUGGGACAGAACCUGAUGAACUUCUACCCACCGCGCACGAGCC